AUGCAGCCUGACGUUGCGCCCAAGGAAGAAACCAAGAACGGUCUUUUUGAAGAUGGGCUAGCUAAGUCGUCCGGUAGUCGAAUCUCAACGGGAUCUAUAAUUUGUGCCAUCCGUAACAAUCAGAGUUACGAUUCUAUCCGACAUCUUCUUGCUGCUAAUCCUCGAACCGAAGUCGCAGAAAUCUUGAUGGCGAACCAAAGUGCGUAUUCAACUAUAUUUGCGUCUAUUUAUGCAAAUCGCCCUGAGCUCAUCAAACUACUUGUUGAGUAUGGGGCCAACCCUGACGCGACGGAUCACAAUGGAGUACCGCUCCUAGCAUACGCCAUUUUCAAUUCCAGCAUUAGUGCCACGGAGAUCGUGCGGGCGCUUCUUACGCUUGGAGCCAACCCAUAUGUAAUCCCCUCUCGUAUGUGGGAAAUUACACCUAAUCAACUUUAUGAAAAGCUUCAUAACGGCUCAGACUCGCAAAUAUCUUGGUGUGAUCAGAAACAUCAGGCUUUGCUGAUGAAUAGCCUUAACAUCUCUAUGAAAUACUAUCUUCUUCAAGCUUCCGAAAAUAUUGGUUCUCAUCAGGGAACGGAAGCUCCCGCUCCUAUCAUUGGACAGAACUAUGCAAUCAAAUCCGUCAAGGAAUAUCUCGUUGCUCAACAUGUCUGCAGAAGUGAUUCCCUGCCAAUCUUGGCUUUCGUUGGGCCGCCUGGCCAUGGAAAAAGGGCCCUUGCUCGAUCCCUCGGCAAUUUUCAUGAAUUAUCACCAUUCAAUACGAGUCCAUCUAGCGUUAAUCGUACAGCUCCUGAAGAUAGAAACCACCCGGAAGUCUCCAAUUCGGAAACGGGAGGCUUGGAUAUUUUCUUCAUCGAUGGGGAGAAAGUUGACCAUGCCUGGCUUAAAGCCCUGCUUAAUACCGUGGAUAAUUGUGCGUAUCGACAUCAGGAGACUAAGCACUUGACUCGUUUAAAUGCCGUAUACAUUCUAUCCGUGACUCAAAGUGAAGAAUCACUCUCCCGCACUUAUACCAACCUUUAUGACAUAAAUAGGUAUAGUGAUUUUAAAGAAGUCCAGUUCCUCGACACUAAAGUAAAAUCCCAACUCAAGGAUGAACUCGUUCAAGUUUACGGUACCUCAAUUGCCAGUCGUAUUCAGCAUAUCGUCCCGUUCGUUCCAAUUACUAGACUUGAAAGUUCAGUACUCGCGCACCAAUUCCUAACCCAAGCGAUUCAAGGCCUUUAUGACGAUUACACACGUCGAUGCACCGCCCCCGUGAAGUACGCUCGUAGGAUUGAGCUCCGCGCCGACGAUGACGCCUUUGAAUAUCUAGGAAGGUUUUGCGCUCCCGGCGGCGGGGUUCGCUACAUUAAACAGGAGGUGAAUACGAAAGUCGUCUUGCCAAUGGUUAAGCAGUAUCAGACGAUAAUUCGUAAGGACGUUGCUGGGUUUAAAGGGUUGGUUACGCUCAAAAUGAUCCGGGGCCAGGACAGGCCUGACGAUUUCACCUUAUUUAGCAACAGCGGCAGGACGAUGAUAAGUGUGGAGGUGGAGUAG